AAGACGGGAGUUUCUAGUCACGUGCUGCUUCCUGCAGAGCGUGUCGGUUGCUGUUGUCUGUUUUUUCCUCCCUCUCUGCCUCCGUCAACCUUUUUGGCGUCAUGUCUGUUGUGCUAAAUGCCCUCAAUAGCGAUUCUCAUGUGGAGCUGAGCCAGUACCGGGAUCAGCACUUUCGGGUAAUGCGUCUCUUCCAGGCCUGUUAUAACCAGUGAUAAAACGACCGUUAACCAAGCGGUUCCUCUAUAGUCACAGCCAGACAGAAAGCGAAGUGCUGAUACCAGGAACAAGUUUGGACGAUGCCCUGGAUUCUCCCUGUGUUUUUAUUGUUUCGAUCUUUUGAGGGAAGCCGAUAUGAGCAGGACAAAUUGCUGCGAUAUAGCUGCACUCUCUAUGUUGGGAAUUUGUCGUUUUAUACAACUGAGGAACAGAUCUAUGAACUCUUCUCAAAAAGUGGUGAUGUUAAGAGAAUCAUCAUGGGAUUGGAUAAAAUCAAGAAAACUUCGUGUGGAUUCUGUUUUGUGGAAUAUUACACACGAGCUGAUGCUGAGCAAUGCAUGAGAUUUAUUAAUGGAACACGCUUGGAUGAUCGGAUCAUCAGAACAGAUUGGGAUACUGGUUUCAGAGAAGGCAGGCAAUUUGGACGAGGCAAAUCUGGCGGUCAGGUACGUGAUGAAUACAGGACAGAUUAUGAUGCCGGCAGAGGUGGAUUUGGGAAACUGGUCCAGAUGCAGAGAGUUCCAGAGCCAAGACAGAAAUUCUAAAGUUUCAAUGGCUGUCUUGAUAUAUUUCAGAUAAUUAAGCUAGAAUCUUUGUAGAAGCUUGGGUUUGAAGCAAAUGGCUAAUACUUGAAUGCCUGUGGCUUUAUGCUGUUCAUUCUUUCCAUAGGUCUAUUGAGUUUAUUUUUACGCUUGCAGAAGAAAGGUGCCCAGCUUCUGAGGUGAAAUCACUGUUCAACUUUUAUUUCUUGUAAAGUUGUAAUUUUUGUCAAUCCUAAUAAAAACUGAAUAAAUGCC